AUAUAUAUAUAUAUACAUAUAUAUAUCUCAGAAAUGGCCCCGUUUAUGUUCCACUCAGAAGCCUGCACUGUGAUAAAAAAGGCUGCUGAAGUUGAUACCAUUAUGACAGUUAAUCAAUUAACUGGAGAGGUUUAGGAGGCGGAACAUCAUCCGAUACUCUGGUGUAUUAUUUUCUGCUCAAACUGUAAAGUGUGCAGAGGAGAGAUCAUGCGGGCCCACCAGCUGUCUUCUGCCACUGGAUGAAGGAGAGGUGUGUCUGCAGCUGCUGUGUGGGGAAUCUACAGGAUCUGAGGCUACAGUAUCCCACUGAACACCUGUGCUUCACUUCUUCUGCUUGACUUCCACUGUAAAGAGAUCCGUCACCGUCCCACAUGUGAGCCUAUCUGCUCUGCCACUGUGCGCCGUAUCAUAUCAGCGCAUCAGGAAACCUGUCAGCUGCAGAUGCCCCGCUUUGGGUUUGUUUGUAUUGUAGGUGGUGGUCCACAAUCUAGCCUAAAUAUUGCCUUUGGGAUAUGUUUGGAUUUUGGUUCAUAUCUGGAUUAACACCAGGGACUUGUGGCAUAUUGAGGACACUAAGAUCAGUAUUGUGUCUGGGAUUUUUGGGCUUUCAGUGAAUCCAGGAGCAGUUUAAAAUCUACAAAUACACAAAAAAGACACACAUUGGGUUAAGGCUGAUUCUGACAUAUUUGUAAACGCAUUUCAAAAUCAAUUUACAUUUUGAUAAAAUUAAGUGAUUUAGUAUUAUAUUCUUAGCAUCUUUGAAACAGAAUUUAGGGAACCAACAAUUAUAAUCUAACAGUUAGAAGAAUAAGUAAAUGUGAAAAAUAUUCCUAAACUUUUACAUCGAACAUGUUGGUUGGUGGGUUUUGCAAGGGGGUGUUUGGACAUAUAUAACGUACAGUGAGAGGUCUUUAUUUGCUUUUUUAUGCAAACAAUAUUUAUGUCCAGUGAAGAACAAAUACAUUUUAUAAUAUAUUUUAGAGCAUUUAGUCUUCAGUUGUGAGUCAUGUAGAUUUAGUUUGACUUUUUUUACAUAUUGCUCCCAACUGAAAACAGGUCACGCAUUUGGUAAAGUUCUACUCGCGUAACCAAAUUGUCUUUAAUGCAGCGGUUUGUUUCUCCUCGCAGCUUCCAGCUAUAAAUACACACCAGACAAUAUAGAGGAUGCCAGUCAGGCUGCAGAGCUCUUCACAGCCACUGACUGUGAAAGACGGGCUUUAUGUUUGUGUCUGUGGGCUCGGAUACCUCGAGAGUUUGUCUGUGCUUGUGUACUCCGAGGUUCAGUGACACGGUUCACAAUCGAGAGCCAUGUGUGCGCGGUGGGAGGUGGUUGUUUUUAAUAGAAAAGGAACGGUCGGUCUGAUAUUGUGACAUUUCUGAAUGGGAGGUUUCCCCCUCAGGAAUGCCCAAACAACUGUGCCGAGAGUAGACAUUGUGUGCAAGACGGAGACAGCGAGCAUGUUUGUGACCCAAAGUGUAAUUGCAUGUAAUGUAACCUGUACGGCUGAAGGUUCUUCAACAGCAGUGAUUUAGACUUGUCGUAGCAGGAAAAGCACCGGUGAAACAAAUUAUGUUAACGAUGGCUCCAUUCCAUCGAGCCUUCAAGUAAGUCAGAUCAGUGAACCAGGAAGCACAAUAGGCCCUUUAACCUCCAGCCGUUUUCACAUGUGAUUGCAGGGUUAACGCAGGUGUAAUUAAUAACACUAAUUAUUGCCCUGUUCCAUUUAUGUGGCCAGGGCCCGGGUAUUCUGCAUAUUGGCUCACUGGAAUCCCUUAUUAUUUACGUCUGUGUUAUUACAUCGAUGACAUGCCAAAAUGCCUACUGUGAAUUUAUUAUUAUUUGAAUGUACUUGUAAAUUUACAUGGUACUGAACUUCUUAUACUGUACUUUGCAAAGAUAUAUGGCUGACGUUGCAAAAAAAAACAAACAUAGCAUUCACAGGUUUAACUCUAUUGUUUGCUCUUUUUAUUCCAUUUUUUUAUCAUAUAGUUGUCAAGAGAAAACUAGACGAUGGAGCUUUAAUGUCAGCACUAGAGCUAUGGCUAUGAAUCACCUGAGUCGGCUGCGGCCUCUGCUGUGUCAGUCCCUGUUGCGACAGGUCAGGUCUCCCCUCGUGGCCACCUCCAGGGUCAGUGAACCACUACUGCACCCCAACACCACCAUCCACCCUGCUGCAUGCAAGAGGCUCUACGCCACGAAGAAGGCAAAAGCCAAGGCAAAGGGCCAGUCAGCGAAGGUGAAUAUUAAUGUGGCUCUGGUGGAAGACAUCAUCAGUCUGGAUGAAGUGAAGGGGGACAUGACAGCUGUUCUCAAUGCGCUCAAAGACGACUUCACACGCAACCUCAGCAUCCGAACCUCGCCAGGAGCUCUGGAUCACAUUGUGGUGACGACCCAAGAUGGAAAGUUCCCUCUCAACCAGCUGGGACAGGUCUCCAUGAAAUCCCCUCAGCUCAUUAUGGUCAACAUGAGCAGCUUCCCAGAGGCUACAGCGGCUGCCACCCGCGCCCUAAGAGAGAGUAGCAUGAACCUUAACCCAGAGGUGGACGGGACGAUCAUCAAGGUGCCCGUUCCCAAAGUGACGCGGGAGUACAGAGAGAACCUCGCCAAGCUGGCCAAACAGUUCGGCAACAAGGCGAAAGAUUCCCUGAGGAAAGUGCGAUCUACUGCUGUCACACAGGUCAAAAAGACGAAGGAAGCACACUCGGAGGACACCAUACGACUUGUGGAAAAACAGAUUCAGCAGAUGGCGGACAACAUUGCAGUGGACAUUGACAAACAGCUUGCAGCCAAGACCAAGGAGCUGUUAGGCUGACUGACGAUUAAGAAGUCUCCUUUUUGAUAUUUUGGUUAUAGCUGAACCUACAGAUGUACACACUUAACAGAAGCAACAUUUCAACCCUAUCGUCUUUAUAAUAAACAGGUACUCAUUC